GCGCUACGCGUAUCUGCGAGGGAGCGGGCGAGCUUCUGAAGUGAUGAUGAUGGCAACAGGGGGAGCACAGAGGCUCACAGAGGAAUGAGAAGUUGCCGGUGAUGGCGGAUAAACCUUCCACGCUGUUCGUGAAGCUGUUUGCCGCCGGGUUUUACGGUCUCAGCUCGUUCCUCAUCGUCGUGGUGAACAAAAGCGUCCUCACUAACUACAGGUUUCCCUCAUCAAUAUGUGUGGGAAUAGGACAAAUGUUGGCCACAGUGGUUGUGCUCUGGGUGGGCAAGGCUGCGAGGGUGAUCACCUUCCCAGAUUUGGAUGAGAGCAUACCUCACAAGACAUUUCCUCUACCUCUCCUGUAUGUGGGAAAUCAAAUCACUGGUCUUUUUGGUACUAAAAGGCUCAAUUUGCCGAUGUUUACAGUCCUCAGGAGAUUCUCCAUCCUUUUCACGAUGCUGGCUGAGGGAUUUCUGCUUAAGAAGAAGUUCUCCAGGCCCGUCCAGCUGACAGUGUUUACAAUGAUCCUUGGGGCGUUCAUAGCCGCAAGUGCCGACUUGUCCUUUGACCUGCACGGCUACGUCUUCAUCCUGAUGAAUGACAUCCUGACCGCAGCCAAUGGAGCCUACGUGAAGCAAAAAUUAGAUGCAAAGGAGUUGGGGAAAUAUGGAUUAUUAUACUAUAAUGCAUUAUUUAUGAUCGUGCCCACUCUCCUAUUGGCUGAAGUGACAGGAGACAUGCAAAAGGCAGCAGAGUUUGACGGCUGGUCUGAUGCGUUUUUCCUCUCCCAGUUCGUCCUCUCUUGCGUCAUGGGGUUUAUUCUCAUGUAUUCCACUGUACUAUGCACACAGUACAACUCUGCGUUGACCACCACCAUCGUGGGGUGCAUUAAGAAUGUCCUGGUGACCUACAUUGGGAUGGUGUUUAGCGGAGACUACAUUUUCUCUUGGACUAACUUCAUAGGUUUGAAUAUAAGUAUUGCGGGCAGCUUGGUGUACUCGUACAUCACCCUCACAGAGGAGCAGUCCAACAAACCGAGCGACAGCACCAAGAACGAGAUCAAGGGGAAGGUUGUCGUGUGACACAGACACUGGAUUUGAUUCUUUUAACGCCGGUUAGCGAGAAAACUGUAUUUUUAGUACGAUUUUUAUUUAUGGGGAGCUCUAGCAGCAGAUUGAUGGAAAACGCCGGGAGUGGUUCUCCAUCUCCGCUGCGCGUCUUUAACGGAAAAGGAGCCGCACCAUCACGCUGCUGCUAUGGCUACCAAAUCCCCCCAGAGGGGUUUUGUUGCAGGAUUUUUUAGAUAAUGUUUUCACAUAACUUAUAAUAAUACUGUACAUGGGAAUGAUGAGAACAAGGGAACAAUAAUAUUUAUAUUCAGAUGUUUUUAGGUUGUUGUUUUUUAAGAUGGAAACUUUAUUUCAGGGUUUGAACAUUUCAGAGUUCAAUCUUGGGAUUUUGUAUCGUCAUCAGCUGUUGUAAGCAUGAGCAUACUGACACAUCACUGGGGUAAGAGUCAUGGUUAUUUAAAAGGAUCUUUUUUUUAAAGCCUUUUUCGUUUUUUGCUGUUUACACUUUGGUACCUUCUGAGAACGACAAAAUGCACUGACGCCGUCUGUCCCCGUCUUUAGCCUUUGACGUUUUGCAGUUUCCUGGCAGAUGCUGUUGUAAAUCUGUUAGACUGUACUGCAGUGAUGUGGAGAGACAAUAAGAAGAGAUUAUUUGGAUCUUCCUCCUUCAGUAUUAGUUUUCUGUCGUUAGGGUUAUUUUUUUUUAUUAUUCUUAAACCCUGUAACGCAUUGUGUCGAUUGAAGAAUUUGGCAAGCAAAACCUUGUGGGGUUUUAGUUUGCAUUGUAUUUUUAAAUGUUUUUUUUUUUUUUACAUGGUUGUCUCGCACUUUUAACAGAGGUAGCUCUCACAAAGCAGUACAAAUUAAAUCUCACCUGCUGUUAUAUUUGA